CUGACCUAUGCGAGAAGUCUCACAAGGCACAACUCGCAAGCCGACGAUCUCUGUGUGUUGUAGUACAAUAGUCAAUAUUUAGAAAACACAUAUUAUACCGUUUCCAUUAUAAAUGUCAUCGUCGCAAUCUUUAUAAUAUAUCUCUAGUUUUUUCUCUCUAUGCUGCAAAUAUUAAUUAUUACACUGUCCUCUUUUCUUCGUUCCUCUUCGGAAGUAUAUUGACUGUAACAACUAACAACUCGUAUCGUAUACUGUAAUUUUGUUUUUGCACGUGUUUUUCUUGUCACAUUUUUGAUUCAAUAAUGGCUGUUGUACUUGUUGUUGGUGGCGGGGGACGAGAAAACGCCAUUGCUUGGAAACUUUCGAUUUCCCCACAAGUCAAAAAAAUUUAUAUAACCCCAAACAAUAUAGGAGCUGCAUUAUUACCUCAAGUGGAAUUUGUAGAGCUAGAUGUGAAUAAUUUUGAGGUUGUAGCUAAGUGGUGUGUUACAAAAUGCAUCGACUUGGUUGUUAUUGGGCCGGAAGAUCCACUCGCAUCAGGAAUUGCUGAUGUAUUAAUUUUACAUAAUAUAGCUUGUUUCGGUCCGACUGCAAAAGCAGCUCGUAUUGAAAGUGACAAAGAAUGGGCUAAACAGUUUAUGGAUGAUUUUGACAUUCCAACAGCGAGAUGGAAAUCGUUUAGUGACGUCAAACAAGCGACUGAUUUUGUUUAUUCAGCCGAUUAUCCAGCACUAGUAGUAAAAGCAAGUGGUCUAGCUGCUGGAAAAGGUGUUGUGGUUGCUACAAAUAAACAAGAAGCAUGCUUAGCGUUAGAUGCAAUCUUGACGGAAAACCGUUUUGGGAAAGCGGGACAAACUGUUGUCAUUGAAGAAUUACUAAAAGGAGAAGAAGUUUCUGUCUUAUGUUUCACUGAUGGCAUUAAUAUUAAUGUUAUGUUACCGAGUCAAGACUAUAAAAGAGCAUACAACCAAGACAAGGGACCAAACACUGGAGGAAUGGGUGCUUUUUGCCCUUGUUAUAACAUGCCACAAGAAGAGUUGGAUGAGGCUAAACAUAUAUUGCAAAGAGCUGUUGAUGGUCUUCGUAAACUAGGAACUCCUUUUGUAGGUGUACUAUACGCUGGAUUAAUGGUGACCAAUGAUGGCAUAAGGGUUUUAGAAUUCAAUUGUCGUUUUGGAGAUCCAGAAACUCAAACCAUUUUACCAUUAUUAGAGUCAGAUCUUUAUGAAAUUAUGAAAGCGUGUGUUAACGGUACAUUGGAUAAGGUCAAAGUUGAAUGGAAAUCCGAUCAAUUUUGUGUGGGUGUUAUGAUGGCCAGUAGAGGGUAUCCCCUUACUUCAAGUAAAGGCGAUGUAAUAUCUGGACUACCAUCUGUGACAAAAGGCAUGGUAUUCCACAGUGGCACCAAGUUGAAUAAUUAUGGUGAAUUGGUAACAAACGGUGGACGUGUUUUAAUCGUAGUAACUAUGCAUCAAGAAUUAGUUUUAGCCGCCGCUAGAGCUACUAUGGCCUGUGGCAGAAUAAUGUUUAACGGUGCACAAUUUAGAACCGAUAUUGCUCAUAGAGGAAUAGCUAGGGCAAUUCUAGCCAAAGGCGCAACAACCUAUAAAUCGAGUGGAGUGGAUAUAAGUGCAGGUAAUGAGUUGGUUCCAAUUUAUAAAGAACUGGUGUCUGUUACAAAACGCCAAGGAAUUCUCGGCGAGCUGGGUUCAUUUGGUGCCAUGUUUGACCUUAAAGCUGCAGCUUUUCGAGAUCCCAUCCUUGUGUCCAGUUCAGAUGGAGUCGGAACUAAAUUAAAGAUCGCAUUGGCUUGCAGUAGUCACAAAGCGAUCGGUCAGGAUCUUGUAGCCAUGUGUGUAAACGAUAUUCUAGUUCACGGAGCUGAGCCAUUGUUCUUUCUUGAUUAUUACGCAACUGGUCGAUUGGAAGGUGGAAAUGUAAUUGACGUAGUCAAGGGCAUAGCUGAUGGUUGUUAUCAAGCUGGAUGUGCUCUUAUUGGUGGUGAAACUGCAGAAAUGCCUGGUCUUUACCAUAACAGUGAUUAUGAUAUUGCUGGCUUUGCGUUAGGAGCUGUAGAAAGAGAAAAAAUGUUGCCAAAACUUAACGAUAUAAUUUUUGGAGAUGUUGUAGUCGGCCUUGAAUCAAGUGGGCCACAUGCAAACGGGUUUAGUUUGAUCCGAAAAAUAAUGGAAAGAGGCUGUCACAAAUACUCGGAUGAAGCUCCGUUUAGUUUAGAUAAGAAAACAUAUGGAGAAGAAUUAUUGACUCCUACAGAAAUCUAUGUUAAUCGUGUAUUACCCGCAAUAAGGAAUAACGGAAUAAAAGCAUUAGCCCAUAUAACUGGUGGUGGCAUUUUAGAAAAUAUUCCUCGUAUCCUACCUAAAGACAAAAAAGUAAUUUUGGACGCUACAAAGUGGGAAAUAAAACCGAUUUUUGGUUGGAUAGCAGCAACAGGUAGCAUCAAUGAAACAGAAAUGUUACGCACAAUGAAUUGUGGACUUGGUAUGGUGUUGAUUGUUGCUGAAGAAUAUGUCGAUGAUGUUUUAUUAUGUACCAAUGGUAAAAUUGUUGGUACUGUUGGAGAUAAACUUGGUGAUGAAACGUCUGUCGAAGUAAAGAAAUUCGCAAACGCCAUGGAACCCUUGAUGCGGCCGCAUAUACAAACAUAUGUUGCUUCUAGGAUGCAUCCGAAAAUGCGUGUAGCUGUUCUCAUAUCGGGCAGUGGAACUAACUUGCAGGCUUUAAUCGACGCGACUACAGAUGAUUCCUCGAUGAUGUCGGAAAUUGUUUUGGUUAUCUCAAACAGGCCUGGUGUUGAAGGCCUAGAGCGGGCUAGGCGAGCAGGAAUUUUAGCUUUGGAAAUUAAUCAUGAAAAUUAUAAGAGCCGUGAAGAAUUUGAGGAUGAUAUUUUGAAGGCUUUGGAUCAAACGCAGAUAGAUGUUGUGUGUUUAGCGGGCUUUAUGCGAAUAUUAACCAAACACUUUGUAAGCAAAUGGAGAGGUCGUUUGUUAAAUUUACACCCUUCGCUUCUUCCUCUGUUCAAAGGACUUAAUGCUCAAAAACAAGCCCUUGAAUCGGGUGUUCGUGUAGCCGGUUGCACUGUACAUUUUGUUGAGGAAGAACUUGAUUCUGGUGCUAUUAUAGUCCAAGAAGCUGUGAACAUUAGUGUGGAUGACACUGAAGAAAGCCUUAUAGAAAAAAUUAAACAAGUAGAACAUAUAGCUUAUCCAAAAGCUUUGAAACUGUUUGCGACCAAUCAAGUAUAUUUGGAUAAAGACGUAGGAAAAACAAAAUGGUUGACUAAUUCAAGUGAUGUGUAUCGAAAUAUUGUUUGAUAUUAUUUUCAAACAACUUAUAUUUAAUGUCUUCAAACUAUUAUUUUUCUAUUAGUUUUAUUGUUUUUUUUUUCUAUGAUAAUCUUUCUUUUUCUUAUAAUUAUGAAGUUUUUACAAUUCUUGUUUUUUUACUGUGUUUAAAUUAUAUAUUUUUGUAUUUUACCGUUUUCCUCUCAAGUUUAGUACUAAUAUUGGAGUAUUAUUUUCCGAUC